CUGGAAAGAGUGAAGACGCUGUGGAGGGCACGCGCGUUCAAAAAGGCGGGAGGACCUCAGGCGUCUGUACAGCGGAGAGACCUUUUCAUUGCGAAAGGACAGACUUGGCCGUCCGAGCCAUUGGCAGAAAGAGAAGAGAUAGAAGAAAAAGAAGGUUUCUUCAUCCCCCUUCUCCCUUGCGCUUGCUUCCACCAAAACACAAGUCGAAGUCUUUGUCUCGUUUCCUGCCUCUUCAGAAGCCUCCUCUUCACCCCUCUUCCUCUGUCUUGCCUCGUCCUUCUCUGGCCUGUCUGGCCUUUUCACCUCUGUCUCCUUCCUCUUUUCCUCUUUUCCUCGGCUUCUUCGCUCUUUGUUUUCAAAUGGCGUCUCCGGUGUUGCCGUCUGGGGAAGGUACCCCCCAGGGGGCAGAGCGCGACGACCUUGCCGAGUCGUCGCAAGGUCUCUCGGACGCAAACAUUUCUUCUUCUGUCCAUUCUGUCUCCUCUGCUCCUCCUUCUUCUGCUCCCAUGCAGCCGGUCUGUUCUGACGAUGCAGCGUCUGCCAAUCUAGCAAGUUCUCCCCUGUCUUCUUCGUCUCUAUCUUCUCCUCCUCUUGCUUCUUCUCCUUCUCAAGGUGCCCUUCUUUCCGGUUCGGCUGCCUCUGUGGCCUCACCGGCUCUCUCGGCUUCUCCCCUCCGAAAUACCUCGGCGGAAGACUCGCAAAAUUCUUUCCAACCGAGUUCGCCGUCUCCCCUUUCAGGUGAAAUUACGUUCAAGUGCCUCAGCGAAUCUGCAGAGACAGCGCAAAACACUCUCAGUGGAGACGCGGCGGCAGCCUCUCACCCUCCCCCCACAGCGUCGCCUUCUCUUUCUUCUUCUCCUCCGCUCCCUUCCUCUUCUCUUUCUUCUUCUGCAGCUCCGCUCCCUUCGUCUUCUCUUUCUUCUCCUCCGCUCCCUUCUCCUCUCCCUCCUUCUGCUCCUCCCCUCCGCUCUUCUUCUCUUGCUUUGUCGCCUUCUUCUUCUCUCUCUGCAGCUGGCGGUUCUGCGUUUCCAGGCCGUCGACUCACGAAGCGAGGAGAGGCGGUCCAGGCCUGGGUGUCGGUCUGGAGCCAGUUGGGAGAAUUCGCGAUGUUUUCAAAGGAAAUUGAGCGCGCAAAGAAACAAGCGGUUGAGGCGAGAAAGAAACUCGCGAGCGACACAAAAAAAAUGCGCCACCUCGCAGCGUCUGCAGAAGUAUCGGAAGCCGAGAAGCUGCAGUGUACAGACACCCUGCUCCGAGCCUACCAGCAGGAAAUCGACUCUCUGACGCGAAGAGCUAAAGGCGCAGAAGCGACAUUUCUUUCUCUCGUUCAGCUUCUUCUUCAGCAACCAGAUUUAAUAGGAGUGUUGCAAGGCCUCGAGACGGACGCGGCCGCCGCGCUCUCUUCGGCAGCUGCAGCGCAGGAGGCGGCCCUGGUCGACGAAGAGCACCAGCGCUUGCUGAGUGCUCGUCUGCAGACCGCAGAGGAUUCACUGAGAGAAGAACGGACAGCGCGCUUGGCUCUCGAAGAAGAGAACAGCAGACUGCAAGAUGCCUUCGGACGCCAGAGCGCCGAGUUGCGGGAGGAGCUCGAGAGCGAAAACGUCCUGCUGAGACAGCAAAUCAGCGACCUCGAGAAAGAGUUCAGAACUCUGACGAAUCAGGCCGUGACGGUUAGGAGACUCGAGGAAGAACGAGAGCAACAGAAGAGAGCCUUCGACCACCGAGUUCAACUCGCUGUCCAAGAAAAAGAGAAACAACUUCGCGCACAAAUCGGAGCCAAAGAGGAGGAACAGGCGCAGCUGACGGCUUUCCUGCAGCAGACGACGCAGGAUUUGGAGAACAGAAACCUCUUGCUCGAGAGCAGAGUCGCCGACGGGCAGCAGCAGCUCUUGCAACUGAAGGCGCAGUCUGAGAAGCGGUGCGCCGCGCUCGCAGGCGAGGUGGCGAUGUUGCAUGCGCAGCUGGCCGAGGCGCAGAGGCAUGAGCGCGCGCCUGCUGCCCUCCCGGGGGCCAGCAGUGCGACGCAGCAGAGCGCAACGCAUCUGCGCGCCUUGGAAGCGGCGCAACAGAGAAUUGCAGCACUUCAGCAGGAAGAACGGCGACUUCGGUGUCAGCUGGAGGAAGCGGAGAGGGAAAGAGAGAACCACGAGAAAGCGAGGCAAGCCGAACGAGAGAGAGAAGUGCAGAUGCAUGCCCGCCAAGUCGCGGAGCUGCAGCAGGCACUUAGAGAGCGACCUACAGAGAAGGAAUUCCUGCUCCUGCGACAGCGGGUGCGCGAGCUGGAGGGUGGCGUCGUCGCAACUCCGGCCUCGUCUCUGCCUCAAGACGCGGAGUCUGUUGAGGCGAGUCUGCGAACACGGAUUGGACAGCUCGAGGCUUUGGUGGAGACACGAGAGAAGGAACACCGCCAGCGAGAAGAAGACCUAAAACGGCGCAUCGAAGACGAGCAAAAGCAACACAGAGAAGUCGUCUGCGCUCUCGAAAACCGCAUUGAGUCGGAGGGGGUGAGAGACGGAUUCGGCGACAAGGGUCCUCGAGCCGGAGAGGAGGAGAUCUUCACACAGAAAGAAGACCGCGAUGGCGGGGAGAGAGAAGCGCGGACCUUGCCGUCGAUGCUGCAAGUUCUGUUGCGACAGCGAGAACAGAGUCGUGCGCGCGUCGCUGCGCUUGAAGAGGAGCUGGAGGCGACCAAGUCACGGCUGUCGCUGCAGCAGCAGGAGGUCUGUCACCUCAAAUCGCAGGCUGCACAUGGGCGCGUUCCACUUCCCCCGAGCAGAGAGACGCAGGCGCCACUGCUGCACAAGCAGUCCGUCGUCCAGGCUCCCGUCUUUCCUGCUGGCCACCCUGGCUCCGGAGCCUCUGCGGUCUCUUUGGCGGGUGGGGAGGUGCCAGCAAGGGGAAAUGUGCGCGAGGGAGGAGACAGGAGCGGGGCUGAGGCCUUUUCGCGGAGGCGAAGGCCCCGGAACGCAGAAGAGAGACGGCAGGACUUCGUCGGCGGCCUGCUGGCGGUCGCCCAGGGCGUGGCGCGAGCGGCGACACAGACGGCCGCGAGCGUCUGGGGAGAGAAGAAGAACUGGGGACCGAGAAGAAAGAAGGCAGGAAAAGCCUGCGUUGCUUCUUCGUCCGGAUCAGGAGGCACCGGUUCGGCGCCGAAGCGUUUUUCGGAGAACGACGAGGAAGCAGGCCUCGGAGGCGCCGCGUCGUCAGACGAAAUGGAGAGUGACUGGGGGGCGACUUCGCCGUCGUCUUCGGACGAGGAGCAAGUCGAUGCGAGUCGAGCGGGCGUCUGGAAUGGCCUCGCAGGCGCGGGGCCCCGCCGCAGAGAGGAGGGCCGGAGAAAGAAGGGAGUUGAGAUCGCGCCGUCGUCGCUUUCUCUGCUUCCAGAUGUGUGUUCCGCGGAUGCGCGCUUCACCGCUCUGAGAGAAGGGAGAGAGGAACACGCGUUCUUGUCUCGCUUGCAGACCCUGAGCGGGGCCGAGAGAAUCGUCGUCAUCUGGGGGAGGCUGCUGCUGUCGUGCCGAGCCACUCGGCUCUUUGCGCUGUUCUACUUCGUGCUUCUCCACUUCCUCGUCUUCCUCGUGCUCUUCUAUCACGCCGACCUGCAAAGUCGCGGGCAAGCAGACCAGGCAGGGUCACAUCAGCCCCGCUACCAUUACUACCUGAACGAGUAGGCAGUUGAAAGUGCGGCAUUUUUUCGCGACUGCUUAUGUAGAGACACAGGCAUUCAUAAGUUGACAUGUAUGUCUGUACACCUAUAUAUGUAAAUCAACUGCGUGUAAAUAUAUACAUAUAUAUAUAUAUAUAUAUAUACUUAUAAAGGAAGUCAAGCGCUGGGUGGGAUUGAGCGGAAGGCCCUGAAAACGACGCGUUCGCGCUCGGUUUUGGCGUCAAGGGAAAGCAUACUAGAAAAUCGAGUUUUGCUUGCUGGGGUGGAUAUCGUUGCCGGCGCUGGAGAGCUUUUCUACAAACGAGCUUCUGCACAUCCACGUGGACUGAGUGAUCAAGUCAACAACGUGUAGCACGAUUCGAUUUUUCUGUUUUUCAACGGUUCCGAUUUAGCAGUGAGUUCCGUAGAGUGGUGGGGGGUUGAAGCGGGCAGUAAAGUAGAAACGAGAUUUGCAGUUGGCUUUAACUUGUGGAAUGCGCCCUUGUUUUUCAAAGGUCGCAAGCUGAGUUUGCUUAACUAAAUGCCGCGCGAACUCUCUGUGAGAGUCGCCUCCUGCUUCCUAAUUUGCCAGAAGGGACUUCUUGUCUCGAAAAGCGAUGCAGCCAAAAUCCCGACGAAAGUAACCACUGGAGGGGCGGCUGCUGCGGAGAGGCUGUUUAUGUUUUCCCUGUGAAAGGGUGAUUUGACGUG